AAAUAAAAAAACGAACAGGAAAACGAUUUUCCCACCAUUGCCACGGAUUUUGGAUUUUCUUGAUUGAUUUGCGCUUCUCGUUUCCUCGCCAGCCACAUUGAAUUGCAGGAUUUGGGGCUAGGAAGCAACUCUACUUGGGAAUUCCUAAGGUUAACAUGACAGGGGGUGGGGGUGAGGGGCACGUCUGUUCUGGACUGUGCCUUUAGGAGGACAUUCCUGCUUCUGAGGUUUGAAUGCACCGGGCUAUGAUAACUUCGGAAUAGCCAAAAUUUGGACUACAUUACAGGCCUGACACAAUGUUUUUCGGAAACUUCCGGCCCAAAUUAUAGAAUUUUUUUUUUCUCUUUUAGGUAAAAUUGUUAAUUAUAGCUCUUACAUGGGCUCUUCAAAUGUGGAUCUUUGCCAUUUUUACUAGGGUUCUUUAUAAAUAAGAAGCUUUCAUCUUUCUGCGCUGCGGACCCUCUCACUCUCUACUCUACUCUUCACCCCCCCUAAGUAGUGUUGAUAAUGGCACAAGCGUGAAAGAGUCAAGACGGCUUAAUCCUUCAUCCUGAUCAUAAAUCUUGGGGAGAAUUUUAGAACUGGUGCAAAAUCUGUUACUUUUGCGUGCUUCUGUGCAACAUGAAUCAACAGAGUCAAGGAACGAGCUCUUUAUCUUCGCCAGACCCCCCUAUGAAGCGAAAACGUGGACGCCCACGUAAGGAUGAGAAUCUUGUUCAUGCAGAGAGCGCGACUGCAGUGCCUGGAUCUGAAAGUUUGAAGAAAAACAAACAGAGUACAAGUGAUGAUGUUGAGAGUGAAAUGGUAGGUCAGGUAGUCACUGGAGUGAUUGAAGGUUCAUUUGAUGCUGGCUAUCUUCUCAAUGUCAGGGUAGGAGACACCAACACUCAGCUGAGGGGUGUUGUAUUUCUACAAGAGAAAAUCGCUCCAAUUACUCCAGCAAAUGACAUUGCUCCUCAUAUUAAGAUGUGCAAAAGAAAAGAUAUUCCCAUACCGCCUCUCAACCUGCAAUCUCAGCUUUAUGGCUCUGCCCGCCCAUCAGAGCAAAGUAAUAGGCAACCUGCUGAGGUGAAAAACCAAACACCUACAGUUCCAGACCAAACUCAAUCCUCUAUCCCUAGCGUACCGGAGUCACUUGAAAGCAAAUCUUUCUCUGUUAUGAUUCCUCCGGUUGAUAAUUUGCUGAAGAAUGAUGUAGGCCCUUCAUUGGAAGGAAAAGUCAUGCCACAGCAAAUUUUGGAGCCUCUAACUCAUAGCCAAUCUGCCCCUGCAAUGCGACUGUCAGAGCUUAAUAACGUUGUUGAACAGAAUAAAGUGUUGGAGGAAGUUGAAGCAGCCGAAAUAAUGGAAGGACCAAAUAGUGCAGAGGCCAACAAAGCAUCAAAAACCGAAUCAGCAUCUAAACCAGUUUCUGACAUACCAGGCAUUGAAGCGGUAUUUAAGGAUCCUGAAAUUCAAACUCAGGCUGUGGAUUCUGAAAAGAGUGCAUUGGUUCAUGAUGAAGUAAAGAGCCUUGAUCUUGAACUCAAUCAAACUCCUGUAGUUGCUGAACCUGCAGCAACUGGUGUCACACCAGCUGAUGAAACCGUAGGUAAGGAUCCUCAAAUUCAACCUCAGGCUGUGGAUUCUGAAAAGAGCGCAUUGGUUCAUGAUGAUGUAAAGAGCCUGAAUCUUGAACUCAACCAAAUUCCUGUAUUUUCUGAAUCUGCACCAGUUGCUGUGAUACCAGGCAUUGAAACCAUAUGUAAGGAUUCUCAAAUUCAAGCUGUGGAUGUGCGUCCUGAAAAGAUUGCAUUGGUUCAUGAUGUGGCAAAGAGCCUGAAUAUCGAACUCAACCAAACUCCUGUAUUUGCUGAACCUGCAUGUGUGUCUUCUGAUCUAGCCAGUAAACCAGUCGACAUUGUGAUGGAAGAACAGGCUUACCCUGCACCAAAGCCCAGCCAGAGGUUUGGGGAAGAGACUGUUCCAUCUGAAUUGAAGCUUGUAUCUGAAGGAUCUAUUCCUCGAGGAAUGGUUGAACCUCAAAUCUCUAGUUCUUCUGGUGCCAUUAGCAAUGUGGAUUGUGAUGUCGAAGAUGUCAUUCCACCUACACAAUCUUAGAUCCAUCUUGUAGCAUCAAACAAUGUGGUUGGGUCUGAGUUCUGUUUGUGACAGAAAAAGCAGGAGAGGUAGACGGAUGAUGCAUGCCGUAUCAAGGCUCUAGGAAUAAACAGGUAAAAGUAGUUGCUAAUGGUUUCAAUUCAUAGGAGUAUGGCAAAGACACAGCUAUAGUGUCAGACUUUCUUUACUAUUGACAGCUAAGGAUGGUUAUGGUUUUUGUUAUCAGUUUAUUCAUUUCAGUCUGGUUCCAAUUUUUACCGUUUGGAUGAUGUUGGUACUUGUUCAGUUGUUUGAUGGUUAUCCCUCCAUUAUCUUUGAAGGGCUUUCUUGCAGGCAA